AUGCUACUCGAGGAUCGCGCGAACGGGAUCGACACGCCGCUGGAUCAGCUGCACCUGAAGUACUACAACUUGGUGCAGGUGGACCUGGUGCGCAUGCCGAGCGAGUCGAGCGCUGGCACACCACUGGUGACGGCCAGUGCCGGCGAGGGCCACAUGAAGCUAGACCCGGCGGCACCGUCGUCCGUAGCAGCGGCCAACGAGCGACCGGCAUCGAAGCAAGCCAAACCGGACAGCCCGGCGCCGGUAAAGACGCUGGCGGAUCAGGUCGCCGAGGGCAAGUACGGGCUGAUCCACCGGGAGCUGUUCCAGCGUCGGCCCCACCGCGUCGGGGUGCUGAGCUACCAGCGCAACGAGGAGGUGCCGCUAGACGACGAGCGUAACUACGGUGGCCUGAGCCCGGACGAGAUCUGGCUGGCCGAGGACCACCUGCUGGUGUUGAAGGGGGGCUCCAUCAGUUUCAACAACAACCACCCCAACCGCUCGGUGUCGUCCCCGUCGGCCGUGGUGUGGAAGCCGAUCGAUGACUACCGGGCGCCGGACCGCCAGGUGCAGAUCCCGGCCAACCCGUCGGUGCCGCCUCCCUUUCCUGUUCAGCUCCGCGAGAACGGACCGAUUGAGUUUAUCCGAGGUCAUCAGACAGCGGCAUUUAAUCCAUUUACUAAUGAAUCGGCGUUCCUAUUCACCAACAAAGCGUUCCCGGUCAUACGACCGGAAGAUUUCGGCGGGCAAAAUAUACUUGCCGGGCCAGCGGCGCACAAUGGUACUGGCCAGCACCACGGGGUCCAGUAUCCGGCUCCAGUCCACCCGCCCCCGGUCAGCGACAAUCGGACGUACUCGAACCCGUUCCUAAAGCUUCCCCCGCUGGAACCGCCCCUGGGACUGCCGCUCGGGCUGCCACCGCAAGGUUCGCUGGACGACGCGCAGAAUCGCACCGGGGUACGCGACGAAGACGACCCGUCGCUGUACUAUCCGCCGCCGUACACGUUCGAGUACCGUGCGAACUACACGAACCCGGUGCCACCGGGGCCACUAGUUCCGGGCAUUAUACUGCCUCCGCCGCCCAACUUCUUCAUCCUGAAGCCGACACCCGGGACGAACGGGACUACCGGGGGCGCUGGCGAACCCGCCGGCGGAUCGUCGUCGGCUGCGAAGCCGAUACACCGACCCAGCCCCGGACGUCCGACUAGCCUGCUGAUGGCGAUCCCAGUCCACAAAACGCCGGCGACGAUGACGACGGCAACGGUGACGAGACCGCCGGCGCGAGUUGAGAUACAGAAGGCCGUGCUGAAGUCGUUCGUGCCGGUGAUUGAGGUGUACGAGGCCGGACCGCUACCGAAACCGACCGCCGUCAGCAAGCGGCCGCGAGUGAAGCCGGCGACCGUGCCGGACAUCUUGAGUACCACGACCACAACCACUACGGCAGCCACUCCGACGACACCACUGUUGACGCCCUCCACGAAGCUGCACAAGAUUCCGCACGAGGUGCACCGCCAGCCCGGCGGGAGCGGCCCGCUCCCAGUCAAGGCACAGGCUCACCCGAUCUACGCCGAGUACUUCAACAUCAAGUCGACGUCGACGCCGUCGUUCUGGGGCGACGUGGUGUCACCGACGCCACACCCACCGCGUACGUACCUGCCGGCCAAGGUACGGAACCCCGGUCAUCAGAGCAACGAGUUCAUCUCCACCUACGGCUACAGCCCGAUCGAGCAGUUCCACCGGGAGGUGCACACGAUCCGUCAGACGCUGCAGAUCUACGAGAAGGCCAACAAGCUGUCGAAGGCAUCCCGGACGUCGAAGGUUCACCCGGUCCACCACUACGCACGGCCCGAGCCAGCGCCGCCCGGUAACGCGGUUUACCACACCGUGUUCUCGGACGUCGCCCCACAGUCGCCGGUUGUUGGGCCGCACAAGUACGCGUCUACCGGCAGCGGAACGGUAGCUACCGCGUACGCUAACUAUGAACCACAGGCACCUGCGUCGCCACCACCGCCACCACCAGCGUCGUUUCACCACACCUUCCGACCGAGCACCGUCCAGGAGCUUCCACCGAGCUACUACGUCACCACCACCACCGGUGACGGCGCUCCGUUCGGGACGUUCGGGCGCAUCUAUCCUUCGUACGUGUCGCCCGACCAGACCGGGUCACAUCUGGGUCAGCCACAGCACUACUACCAGCAGCAGCUGCCCGCCGAGCCGAAGUACCCGCCGCAGACGGACCUGUCCUACAUCGCACCGGUCAUCCUAAACAACGGGGCCAGCGGGUACAAUCGUCAGCCGACCGAGGUGGACGGUACGACGACCAAAUCCUACCUCAUCCUGGACCACCGGACCGCGGGCCGUUUGCGUGAGCGCCAGCCACGGCCCUCAUUGGUUGCACCGCCACCCGGGUACCUGGGGUAUCGCACCAACGCCGCCAACAGCGCCCCCUACGAGGCCGGUCUAACGGAUCAGGGGCUGCCGGCGCGAGACCGGUAUCUGGAGGGCGACAUCCUGGUCAACUACAAGCACCCGUUGCCGGCGCUGAACCCGGACAGCGAGUACUUGCCGUACCACCACCGACUGAAGGUUCGCAAACGCCAGAACCACCGCCAGAUGGCGAGUGAGCCGAAAGCGUACCCUUCCACCGGUCAGCCUCUGUAUUCGCACCGAUAGGUUUGGCACUAUUAGCAGUAGCAGUAGUAGUAGUUUGGCAUGGGAGUGACUGGGCAGUGCAGGCAGUUCGUACGGAUCGAGACUAGUUGUAAAUAGAUAAAACACUUUGGCGGUUAGGAGGCGAGUUGCGGGAUCGGGAGGGUGAUCUAGAUAGGAAUUGUGGAAGCCACGUUUGGGUUAUCGUCAUAUUAAUGCAAUAGUGUACAAUGGCACGGUGCGCGUGCCCAAGGGCUGAGGGCCACUGCUACACUGUUCACCACCGGCAGGGACGAGCAGCGUAGUCACAGGGUCAAACGGGAUGCCGCAAAGAUGCUAGGAGUGUUGCUGCUCGGUCUGCUGCGAUUUUUGGGGACGUCAUGUAAAAGACCACAAAACCACAAUUAUGUAUGUACUACUCUGUACUUUCGCUUUAUUGCUUGAUGAAUACAAAACUACGC